AAAACAAUCCCCCCCCCCCCACUCCCCCUUCGCUCGCACUGUGAGUCGCGCCCGAUCUCUGCCGCUUUCCUCUCCUCCGUACUUCUCCGCCACCUCCACCUCGCCUUUCUAUCUCACCACAUCUCCGACUUUUUAUUCUCACGACGCUCAAUCAUGUCCGAUCAAACGAAUCAGCAAUCUUCAGGAACCGUCAACGGCCCAGGGCUUCCCCCCGAAUUGGCCGAUGAACUCGACGAUGACGAUGAUGAGGAGGAGGUCGAUGAGGACUACGUCGCUGUUGACCAUGACGAUAUCAACGAAUUCCCGUAUUGGUUCCGCCGCCCCCCGGUCCACCACCGCACCCAGCUGGACGAGCUGCACCCCUUCACCCAGGUCCUUACCGUCUCCCAUGUGGAUGACUGCGUCGAGGUUGAGCAGGCUUUCCCCGAGGCGGAGCGUUGUACUCGCGACAAGUUCACCUACCGUUUGAACCGAUGCCCGGAACUGUGCCUGGGUCUCUUUACGCUGCCCAUUCUGGGCGAUGGCGAGGCGAAGCCCCGGCCGACCCUGGUCGGACAUGUGGUGGCGUCGCGGACGCCGACCGUUCUCGUCACUGAUAAGGCCAUGCAAUUGCCGGAGAACUGGCGCACGGAGCGCUUCUCCAUCAAGGACGGAGAGACGGUCGGACACGAUGAGUACGGCAGCACCAUCGCCAUCCACUCGCUGGCCGUGCGACCGGAGCACCAGGGCAAGCAGGUCGCCCGCACCCUGAUGAAAGCCUAUAUCCAGCGCAUCAAGGAGGCGCAGAUCGCCCAACGGAUCUCCAUCAUUUCCCACGACCACCUGGUGAACUUCUACGAAUCGUUUGGGUUUGAGAACCGGGGUCCCAGCAAGUGCCAGUUUGGUGGCGGCGGCUGGGUUGAUCUGGUAUUGGAAUUUACGAAUGAAUGAGCGAUGGACGACUGGCAUUUCUAUGACCCAAUGCUAUCUUCCUUCCGCUAGGUUGUCUUCUUGUCUUUUUACUGUUCUUCUUUCCUUUUCCCUUUUUUUUUUUAACCUUUUUUUUUCUUCUCUUUUUGUCCUUGAAUUUUUCCUGCCAUGAUUUUUUCGCUUUGACACCCCCUACAUGUUGACGGUUUCUCUUGGGAUUACUGGGUCUUUACCGGGUGGCUUCAGAAAGACAAAAGCAACGGAGUUUGUGGGCUACGAUGAUGAUUCUGUUCGGGGGACUAUUCGUCUUAACGAGUCCAAGCGGCUUCCACGAAGCCCUGACUUGCUUCCUAUACCCAUGUGAUGAUGAGACAGCGGGUGGUUUGGUCGGUAUUACGAUGUAUCAUACAUAGUCCCACGGGUAGUUGAAUGUAUAUGAUCGAUAGAGA